AUGGAGUCCCACCAUCCAGAAGAUGUGCAAGACUCUUCUUAUGCUUUAAAAGAAUCAAAGAACAAGAUUACUAAGAAAAUACCAGAAGAUUACCAGCGCUUAGCAAGAUACGAUGUCGUCAAAAUUGGAGCAUCAGAAAAACUAAUUAUUCCAGUGAAAAACGAAGGAAAAUCUGAUAAAGAGACCGAAAACCAAGGAAAUACUACAGAUCCGUCAAAAAUAACGCAAAGUGACCAAGAAAUAGUAAUUGCUCUCGAUAAAAAGAAACAAGAUAUAGGAAAUAUCAGAAAAUUUGUUGGACAAUCUCUGAAAAAGCAAGCAGGUAAAAUAUUAGCUCUAUCUUCGGUAAAAUAUCCUGCUGUUAAUACAGGCGAUAAUGUAGUGGUAAAAAUUCCUGAUGUAGACCGCGUCAAAGCCGAUGAUAGAAACAUUAUAGCUGUUAUAAUUUCUCAGGAGACAGAAGGAAUGUAUAAGUUAGGCACUAAGCAUGGGAUUCUAAAUCAACUUUACGCAAAGAAUCAGUUCACUGUCUGCAAAGAAACGUUUAUUACAGUUGAUAUCGUUCCCCAACAUGAAGUUACCAUCAGACAAGGUGCAAAAUAG